UCAUGAAUAUAAUUUUGUACUUAAUUGGAAUAGUGAGCAUUAUAGAAGGAGUUGUACUCGAUCCAGCUCUGUACUUAUCUCCAAGUCCACCACUCACCACCACGCACGAUAACGAUGCCGAGAAGAUAUGGACGCAGACCUUACAAUCCAGAGUCCAAGCAGAUGGCGGCAUGGUGGUUUCGACUGUAAAACAGGAAGCAGAGAAAAGAUCAACGGAAUCUCCUGAAAGCAUGGAACAAGCUGAAACAUUUUGGCACAGCUACCGUCCUACGAGUUUAAGAGGCCUGCACAUUCCUCUAACAUUCCACCUCACUGGAUCGUACGGGGGCAAUUCCGGUACUGGUGUUCUUACUGGCGGCUACAUGAGUGUUGCUGACAGUUACGGAAGUCGUGGCAAGGCAGGCCUGGCCGGCAGUGGGUACACGGGUUACGGAAGUCUUCCCGGUGUGAGGGUGUAUGGAAGUGACGCGAAGCCGGCAUGGGGUGGAUGGGGUAAUGGGAAAUGGGGGCAUUAUGGCAAAGGCUAAACGUAUCUACCUUCAUAAAAUUUAAGUACCUAUAGACAGUAUUUUAUUUAGUCUUAGAUUUAUUAUCGUAGGUUCGCGUGCAAAUUUUUGAUUAUUCAAUAAAGGGCUGAAUAAUUUU